CUCGCUAAUGACCAUCUACAAUUCCGUUGAAAACCCACGUGUCAAUUCGAUCUCAUACAGUAGUGCUCUUCCUCCUCCUCAAAACCCUAGCUGCGCUAUCAGCUCCCACAUUCUCUUCAAGACCCACAUUUUUCCAUGUAAAAAAAACAAUACAAUUUCAGCAUUUUCUUUACAAUGCUUUACAUUUCUAGCACCAGCUAUUUAGAUCCAAACUUGACCGCGCGUUUGGGAUCUAUACGGUUCCUGCAUUGACAACACCAUAUCCUUUGGCCCCUCCUGUAAUGGGCUCCACCCACUCCGUACCUGCAGUCGAAGAUGAAGAUGAUGAAGACCAAGAAGAAGAUGAUGACAAUGGCGAACCUGAUAGGCGACAUAUGGAUAAACGCCUGGUGAAGAAGCUUCUCGAACAGGAGCCCGAGAUGCUCCCCUGCCACGCGUCCGCAUCCCCGCUUUCCCCGCAGCUUUCCUCCCUUGGGACCCCGCGGAUCGGGCCUUCCAUUAAGGUGUGGGACCCGUACAAUGUUCUGGCUCCACCCCCUCCUCUCCCGCCUCCUCCUCCGGUGUUCUCCGCCUCGGAUGCCAUCCUCGAAGACGAUCGGACUGUCGUGGAGGUGUUUCUGAUCAGCCAUGGAGAGUGCGAGCUGAACUUAAGCCCCGAUUUGGUGGGUGGGAGGUGCCCCGAGGCAUCGCUGACGGCGGCUGGGAAACGGCAGGCCAGGGCCUUGGCGGUGUUCUUGAACUCUCAACGGGUGAGGUUCCACGCUGUUUAUUCUUCGCCGUUGAAUCGGUCUCGGUCAAUGGCGGUUUCGGUCUGUCAAGAAAUGAAUUUUGCAGAGGAACAGAUACAAUCCUCAGAUGCAUUGGUGGAGAUGAGUCAGGGGCACUGGGAAGGCUGCCUUCGGUCAGAAAUAUACACACCUGAAACUUUGGACCUCAUUGACAGAUUUCAGCCUGAUUUCUCUGCACCAUCUGGAGAAUCACUUCGGCAAGUGGAAUUCCGGAUGGUUGAAUUCCUAAAUGGGAGAGUCCUGGAAUUGCGUGAAAAGUUGAGAUCAGGUUUUUCCAUGCACCAUCAUAAUGAGAGUCAAGGGUUUUCUCAACACAUGUCUCAUACUCCGACCAAUUCGAUUCAUGACCGAGAUGGGCCUUCCCUCCCACCACCCCACUGGGAUUUGCAUAACAGGCACCGACAAGGGCUUUCAAAGAAGAAAUCUGGUAAGAGCAGGCUACAAUUUGUAACAACCGGAGAUCAUGAGGCUGAGGACGAAAUAUCCCCUCAGGAUUUGAGCCACCAAAGUUCCCUACAAGAUUCAAAUGACCGGACCUCCUCAUCCUGUAUCGCGUUUUGCAUGGGUGUUUUCACUCAUUCAGUGCCAAUUAAGUGUCUCCUCACAGGCCUCCUUGGGUGCAGCCCAAUAAUGUCACCUAAGAUAUGCAUAGAAGAUUCUUCUGUGUCAGUGUUGCAGCACUCACGGAAAGCCGGUUGGCAGAUAAAAAGGUUGAAUGACACUGCGCAUCUUAGGCUUCUUUAGUUGGAGAAUUUUGCUUGCAAUGGAAUUUUCUGAUGGUAAAAUUGAUGUGUUAAUUAAUUAUUGGCCAAAUUCUUGCAUUAUUAUGAUUUGUGGACUGAACUUGUAUGUUCAUGAUUCCGCAUGACUUGGCUCAUCCUGUAAUCUUCAAUAUAUUUAUAUCUUGAUUCAACUCCAAUAGAACUUUUCUUGUUA